AUGAGGAGAGAAAUUCCCACAGUUUUUGUGCGCGCUGAGGCCAGAGCUGGUGUAGAAUUCGCCAAGGUGUUUGGGACGACUAAUAAUGUGGCGGUCGAGGUCGACCGUGGGAGGUCCGGUUGUAUUGCUUUAGACCUCGGGCGCUCGACCAUGAGGCUGGAGAAUCUGGGGUGGAAAGAAAGGAGGAGUUUUUGA